UCUCUCUCCCUCUCUCUCUUCAUCGUCAUCAUCAUUUUCUCCCCUACCUUGGGUUCUUUCCUCCGUUAUCCCUUCAAUCACUCGCUUUUUCUUCCCUCCCCAUUUCAAGUCACUCGUUCAGUCUUAUUGACCUCUUCUCGCCUGCUUUCUUGUUGCUGCCAAUCUUCCAAGGCUUCACCACACCCCAGUUACACAGCAGGUCUCCAUUCAUUUCCGAGACCUUGACACCAACUCACCAACAUCCCCUGACUCUCAUAAUCCAUUAACAUGAAGGGCUACGCUAUCGUAACAGCCAUCACUCUCGGUGCUUCCAGCGCGUUGGCUGCUCCCAAUCUCAAGGCCCGGGACGAUGUGACUCCCAUCACUGUCAAGGGUAAUGCUUUCUUCAAGGGUAGCGAUCGAUUCUACAUUCGUGGUGUCGACUAUCAACCCGGUGGUUCGUCCAAACUGGCCGAUCCCAUCGCCGAUGCCGACGGCUGCAAGCGCGACAUUGCCAAGUUUACCGAGCUCGGAUUGAACACCAUCCGUGUCUACUCGGUCGACAACUCCGCCGACCAUGACGAGUGCAUGAACGCUCUGGCAGAUGCUGGCAUCUACCUGGUCCUGGAUGUCAACACCCCCAAGUACUCUCUCAACCGUGCCGACCCCGAACCCUCUUACAACGAUGUCUACUUGCAGUACAUCUUCGCCACGGUCGACAAGUUCGCCAACUACAAGAAUACCCUCGCCUUCUUCUCUGGUAACGAGGUUAUCAAUGAUGGCCCCUCCUCGAGUGCUGCCCCCUACGUCAAGGCAGUUACCCGUGAUCUUCGUCAGUACAUCCGCAGCCGCAAGUACCGUGAGAUUCCUGUCGGAUAUUCUGCGGCCGAUAUCGACACCAACCGUCUUCAGAUGGCCCAGUACAUGAACUGCGGUACCGACGACGAGCGCAGCGAUUUCUUCGCCUUCAACGACUACUCUUGGUGCGAUCCUUCUUCCUUCACCACUUCCGGCUGGGACCAGAAGGUCAAGAACUUCACUGGCUACGGCCUCCCUCUCUUCCUGUCCGAGUACGGUUGCAACACCAACACCCGCAAGUUCGAGGAAGUCGGCUCCCUGUACAGCACCGAUAUGACUGGUGUCUACUCCGGAGGUCUGGUCUACGAGUACUCGCAGGAACCCAGCAACUACGGUCUCGUUAAGAUCCAGGAUAGCAAGGUCAGCACUCUGGCCGACUACGAUGCCCUCAAGUCUGCUCUGGCCAAGACUAGCAACCCCGAGGGCGAUGGUGGCUACAACCAGACUGGAGGCGCCAACCCUUGUCCGGCCAAGGAUUCUCCCAACUGGGAUGUUGACAACGAUUCUCUGCCCGCGAUUCCCGAGCCCGCCAAGAAGUACAUGACCGAGGGUGCUGGCAAGGGUGUUGGAUUCUCCGGCUCUGGUAGCAUGAACGCUGGAACCCCUUCCACCAGCACCGCCACUCCCGGCUCCGGCUCUGCCUCUUCCACUAGCAGUUCUGGCUCUUCCUCGAGCGGUACUUCGACGAGCUCCGCCGGCGCUGCUGCUGGCCUGCAGGUGCCCCACCUGACCAUGACCCCUGUCCUUGUGGGGCUGGUCACUGUCAUGUCGACCCUGUUUGGAGCUGGCAUGGUCCUUGUUUAAACAGUUCUGCAAGCUGGGCAUAUGUGCUCCUGCAAAUUCUCAAGACAAUCCUUUUUCUCUUUUCUCCUCUUUCUCCUCUCUCUUAUAGUCGAUAUGCAGCCAGAUUGGUCGAAACACUGUACUUGACGAUAACAGGUGGCUAGCA